GGUUGGUGACUCACGCGCACACGCACAGACGCACACGCACACGCACACGCACAGACGCACACACACACACAGAGGCACACAAGUACACACACAAGCACACACAAGCACACGCAAGCACACACGCAUACAGAAUACACUGACACAUCCCUCACACACACAGGCACAGGCACGAAAACACAUGACACUCACACAUCUCUCACACACAGUACGCACACAUUCGCUAACUCACGCAUCCGCACUCGUACGCGUGCACUCAACCACACAGUCCAGAUGGUCACACAGCGCUCACACUCGCACAUACGCAAGCGCACGCACUCGCACUCACACAGGUACGCACGCGUACCCGUGCCGUUCGUAGGCCAGCGACUCGGAUGCUGAGGUGGACCUGGACGUCCGUCGAGGCGCACUUUUGGCUUUGGUUUCGGGCACAUUACUGGAGUGGAAAGUGUGUUACUCAAGUAGAUGAUCUCUGCUGAAGACACGCUUGUGGAGAACGAGUGAGUUUUGGGUGCAUUGUCCUCUUGAGAAAGGAAGGGGUAGUAGUGGAGGACUGAGGAACAGCUCGUGGCAAUUUCUUGUGUCAAAGCUGUGGAUUCAAUCUGGUCUGGGCGUCACUGAGAGAGCGACAACGGAAAGAGAUUGGUUGGCUUCGUUGAAAAUUGCCGCGAUCCAUUUCUGAAUGGGGCAAGAAAUAGGUGGGUGGCAUCACCUUCAGAGAUAAAAUGCUGCCCACCCUUUUGCUGAGGUGUUAAGGAGCAUCAUCAAUUUUGGGUCUUCGUGCCACAGUUUGAGAGGUACUAUGCUCUUCACAGUUGUUGAGUGUGCGACCAUCACGUAUGCUCUCCAGCAUUCAUGAGACCGGCAGUGAAUGAGAACCAGAUGCGAUACUUCAGCGAGAGACCGAUGGUGAGAGCGACGCGAUACUUCAGUGAGAGAGAUGGGCAACUUCAGUGCGAGAGAUGGAUUGUUGAUGACGGUAGAGUCGGAGAAUGAAGAGCGGAAAAGGCUGGAGGAAUUCUCGGUUGAGCCAAACAACUGCAUUGGUACCCCUGCUUAACCUCCGUUCGUUUGUACACCACCAAGUACUCUUGUCCGCAUCUCCCUGAAGCUUUGUUUGAAUGCUAGGGACUCCGUUUUCGGCUACCAAAAUAUCCUUUUGUUUUCUAACUUUUCUUGUUUUAUUCUCUUUUAAAGAAGGGCGACGGCCUCGAGGUAUCAUCAUCGACCUGACCGGACCACGGCACUUCAGCAUUGCAGUAUUUUGCUCAUCUGCUCCUAGUGGAGUUCGAACUCAGGUCUGUAUUUCAGGGGGUGUACCAACUGCGCUAGGCCGGUUGGUAUAAAUAUCCUUUUGUAAUCCUUUUUUUUUUUUUUUUUUUUUUCCCUUUUGUGAUCUAAGAAUUACUAAGAAAGAGAUUUAAUCUCCAAACUGAGAAGUCAGGCACAAACAGUUUUCUGCACAUCGGCUUUACGCGUUGUCAGAGCUGUCUGCUGAAUUCCAGAUUCUGUUUUGCUACAGAAAAAAAUCAGCUUGUCGUCAGUCACACUGCAGACGUACGAACAUCCGACUGUCCGUAUUUGUCCAAUCCGUCCGUGUGCAUAUCGAUGGAGGAGGGAAGACACAAGUACUCGGUGCUGCUACCGACAUACAACGAGAGGGAGAACAUCGGAAUCGUCGUUUAUCUCCUAGCGAAGACGUUAGAUGACAUACGUGUCGAUUACGAGAUAAUCAUUAUUGAUGACAACAGCCCGGACGGUACCCAGGAAGUCGCUAAGAAGCUGCAAGAUCAUUAUGGUCAAGAUCGAAUCGUUUUGAGACCCCGACCGGGGAAGUUAGGACUAGGUACGGCAUAUGUUCAUGGCAUGAAACAUGCAACCGGGAGCAUUAUCAUAAUCAUGGGCGCGGAUCUGUCGCACCACCCGAAAUACAUUCCGCAGUUCAUCAGGAAGCAACUGGAAACAGGUUGUGAUAUUGUGACGGGGACAAGGUAUGCGAAGCAGGGAGGCGUGCACGGCUGGGAUUUGAGGCGGAAGCUGACAAGCAGAGGGGCAAAUGUGCUGGCUUCGACAUUGCUCUGGCCCCGGCUCUCCGAUCUGACCGGAUCCUUCAGGCUUUAUAAAAAGCAGAAGCUGAUGGAGUUGAUUCAGAAGUGCGUCAGCAAAGGAUAUGUUUUUCAGAUGGAGAUGAUUGUGCAUGCUAGGAGGUCACAUUUGCACAUCGAGGAGGUCCCAGUCAGUUUUGUUGAUCGCGUUUAUGGGACGUCAAAGCUUGGAGGAGCAGAGAUAGUUGCAUAUCUGAAAGGCCUCUUCUUUCUAUUUUUCACUAUGUGAUAACAGACGUUCCAGUUUCUCUCUCUCUCUCUCUCUCUCUCUCUCUCUCAAUGAAAAGGAAAUCAGCUGUCAGCAUUCGGUAUGGACUAAACAGUGAGAGCAGUUGGAAGGAUUGUACUUGCUGCUCGCGUGAUUUGGACAGGCUCGAUGACUGUAAGCGACAAGGACGGCAAGUUUGUGUAUGUCAGAGAUCGAAGAGCAUGCAGCACACUGUUUCUCACUGUCUUACUGGUGCAACAAUAUCUGUAGGUUGCCAUGCUGUACUCCUUUCGUCCCGAACUUCCAAGAGCAGGUUUAGACCGUUUCGUGACACUUUUGCCUCGUACCAUAAUAAAAGAAGUACCAGCGG